UUAAUAUUAAAAUCUUAUGAUAAUAUCUACACAAUAUCUACACAAACAGAAUACAGAUGCAUAAGAACAAUACUGGAAUUACGGUUAUAAGUUAUAUAUAUAUAUAUAUAUAUAUAUAUAUCUAGUUAGAAUGUUUUGGUGGUAUGUCUGUCUGCAUAUGUGUUUGUUGUGCAAAUUUAUUGGAAAACUGGUUUUUCGUUUAACUUUUUUUUUUCCUCAUUUCUUUUUUUUUUAUUUUCAAACUCUUGUUCAACUUAAUCGAUGUUAUUUUGUUAUGAAUGCCAUUUGGCUGACUUCAUGACGUUCCUUCCUUGUACUGGUUUUCUAAUAACAAACAAGAACACCAACAACAACAACAACAACAACAACAACAACACCAAUAACAACAAAAGAAGUUCAUAUACGAAUCAAUAAAUACCGGAAGUCAUAUUUUAUUCCAUCGCUGUUAACUAUAAUGGCGCUACGUUUACGUCGCGAUGUUCAGAAAGCAUCGUAUUAUGUUUGGUUUCUGGGAGCUGAAGAGGCCAAAGGUCUGCGGGGGCAAAGAGUUAUCAAUUCGGUACUGCCUUACCUUGUGGAUAGAUCACGUGCUCAAGAACCGAUAAAAGUCACGCUGCAAGUGUCUCACAAAGGCAUAAAGAUAAUACAGGGCUCAUCGAAACAUUUUGUACCACACAGUGCCAUAACCAGUUCCAUGCAAACAGAUGAUAUUGUAGCUUGUGUUUUACUUUUAUACAAUCCCGCUACCAAAUGUCCGCUACAUGUGCAUGCCUAUCGUUGCGACUCUGAAACUACAGCCGAAGCUUUACAUCAACAAUUACAAAUUCUAAUUAAUCGUCCGGAAAAUCAAAAACGUUUCGAAGAACUGGAAUCCCGAUUAGGUAUUAUGCCCCACAUGACUUCGUCGUCAUUACCUGGUAAUAAAACGGGAAAUCAUAUCGACAAUGAACAUAAUCAAACGCGUGAACUAGUUUCACGCGACUUUCAUUCACAAAAACAUCAAUACAACCGGCGUCAGCAUGAAUUAUCGCCGAAACGUUUCAACUCUUCAUUGGGCAGUGACACUGGUAACAGCACUCGUGAUUCGGAAUGUAGUGAAGAGAACAGCGUGAAUUCACCAGUUUCACAUUCGCCUCCUGCUUUGAAGCCGCUACCGAGUCAACAGCAAAAUAAUGAAUUGUUCGAUUCACUAGCCGCUGAAUUACGAGCCAAGCUUAACGGCAAUGGCCCGCCUUUGCUUUUGCCACCACGCGAUUAUGAUACGGUUCAUCGAUCCAAAGGAAACUUAACUGCCAUCGAAUUGCGUCGUUGCCGUAACACCCUAAUAGUUGGUAGCACACCACCGCUUCGAACGGCUGAUGUUUCACAGUCUCUUACGCUAAGCAAUGGUAAAAUUGUGUCAUCUAGAGGCUCCUCGGGUAUUGGAUCCGAUUUAGCUCCAAGUCCUGAACGUCAAGAAUUAAAUAGUUCUAGCGAUGACGAACAUUGGACAAACGAAGCCGAUAGCUCAGUAAUUGCUCUCAAGCCUUCUCAAAUAUCUUUAGAGCACUCGAGGCCAAUUAUAUCUCAUCAUGCGCAACUUAAUCGCAAGUCUACUAUACAGCCUGCCGAAGACAGUUAUUUACGCGAUCUGCCCUCUAAGCCCUAUUCGUCCCGUUCCAAUAACAGUCACGAUAAAGUCUUGCCAAACGAACGCGAAAAAAAAAAUAACCCAUCGUCCUCCAAUUUACGAGAGGAUGAAAUUAAACCGGUUAUUAAGCGGCCAGCUGAUUACGAUGUCAAAAUUAAUCGGAUUCUCCAAAGUGAGCAGAGACAAAUUCAUAAAAUCGACAAUAAUGACAACAAUGAUGUCAGAGAUCGCUACAGGCAUCAUGAAGUAAAUGAUACAAAUCGUGUCCUUAAAAAAAAUUUAUCUCUGGAUCGUGACUCAUCAAGUCACCGUUUUAAAGACCGAUCUCGUAAUAGCCUCAAUGAUUUUGAUGAAGCUGAUAUUCAAAAUAAUGGUGAUCACCAUCUCAGUCAUGCUAAAGAGAAUAGCAUGGCCGAAAAGCCAAAAUUCAUUGAAUAUGCACCAAACAAAAACAAGCCUCAUCAGGUGCUAAGUUAUGCCGCAGAAGAGACCCGCAGAUACGGAGGUAAACAUCGCUACGUCGAUCCUGCAGAUUUGCCCUUUGAACAGAACUCAGUGCAAAACAAUUGUGGUGGAAUUCAUAAGGGAACCCAUUCUCCCGAACGUUGCAAUAUAGCAAACCGAUGUGCAGAACGUCCAAGAGAACAUGCACGCGAUAUACGAGAUAUUGAACCAACUUGGCAUCACUCUAGGGAACGUGAGCCCGAAAAUUUUCCACGUAACAAAGAACGCAACCCUUAUCGCGAACCUGAAAGCAUACCCUAUAUAGAGAGUAUGGAAAAAAUGAUAAAAUCCUCGGCAAUACGCUACAAAGCAUUUGAAGUUGCACCCGUUAACGCUGAACCAGUCACUUUAACAAAAGAACCAUUGCAUUCUAAACUUAGUCAACGCAGCAGAACACUUUCUCAACACGAAGAAAAUCGCGAUUAUGCGUACAAUGCUGAAGAAUUUUCCCGAUCUUCCAGUAGUAGUAAAGGGCUAAAAGAUCGCUUCAAAGAGAACGCAAAAGAAAAGUUCCGUGCUGCUGAACGUACUGGAAGUCGACAUGUUCUAUCUGACGAUAAAGAUGAUUGCAGUUAUAAGACUGGUCGAAAGGGUACAAAUCAUCCCGAUGAAACAAGUGCUAGAAGAUUUAACGAUUGGGGCGAUGAGGAACGUAUAUACGAUUCGCCCCCUACACCUGAAAUACGAUCACGUUCACGUGUUCGAGAUCAAUGGAUGGAACACGUCGAUAAAAUAAGUCACCGUGAGAAAGACCGAAUGUCUUCUUCUAGGAUUGAUACCCGUAAUCGGGAGAGUUCCAGUAAACGUUCAGAGUCAAGAGAUUCACUCGAAAAUCGCGAUUACCACCAUCAUUCGCGAUACCGUGAAAAAACAAUAGACCAUUCUCGUGAACGCAUUCAACGGACCAAUUCACGUGAAUACAAUAGAAGAGAUUACUCCCCAGACAGUCGAUCCACUUCAGAUAGAAGUCACCUUCGGCAAGAUCAGGGCGGCGAAAAACGUAAGGAUGAUUUGUAUUCCACGCAAGAUGUUUCCUCACACAAUAAUAUUGGCAAAAAUAUACCCAACAUGCCAAAAGGUUAUAGGCACAGCUACGCGGAACCGGUAUUCCCAAGAUCUGCCGGUAGGGUUGGUUUAGCGGCAGUAAAUCCCUAUUAAAAGCAUCAUAAAAUGUACAUAAUGAGCGUAAUCCCGCUAUCUGAAUAUAUUUUCUGAUUAUAAAUCAAAGAGAUUCUCUAUAAGACGUGUUGAUAGUUGACGGAGUUGAUAAGCUCCCCAGUUUUAGUUUUAUAUUGUUAAAGCAAAAAAGUGGAAAUAAAAAUAUUAAUCUCCUGUGCCCUUAAAACAAA